AGUUGCAGUUCCCAUUUACAGUCUUGCGUCUGCGCUGAGCGGUUGUGUUGACAAAUUUAAAAAAAGUUAUUUUGUAUUAACAAAGUUUUAUAUUUUAAAGUGUAUAAUAAUAUUAUUGUGAACAAAUAUAAAAUAGUUUCGUUUUAACGAAGGAAGAUUAUCGAGAUUUUAAAGAUGAGUGCCACCAUAGAUGUCCCCAAGUUGAAGAUGUUGGAUGGCCGGGAGAUGCCAGCUAUCGCGCUCGGCACCUACUUGGGAUUUGAUAAGGGUGGUGCCGUAACUUCCAAAGACAAACAGCUCCGCAACGUAGUGAUGGAAGCUAUAGACCUCGGCUACAGGCACUUCGACACUGCUGCCAUCUACAACACCGAGGAGGAAGUGGGGGAGGCCAUCCGAAUGAAGAUCGAGGAGGGAGUGAUAAAGAGGGAAGAUGUGUUCCUUACUACUAAGCUAUGGAACACCCACCACAAACGCGAGCAGGUAGCUGUCGCCAUGAAGGAGACUCUGAACAAGACCGGCCUGGACUAUGUGGACCUCUUCCUCAUGCACUGGCCUAUUGGACUCAAUGAGGACUACAGCCACUCCGAUACUGAUUACUUGGAGACCUGGCGCGCCAUGGAAGACAUGGUCAAGCUUGGACACACCAAGUCCAUUGGACUGUCGAACUUCAACAAAUUCCAAGUCGCCACUGUCCUCCAGGAAUGCACCAUUAAGCCCGUCGCUUUGCAAAUUGAAGUUCAUCCUCAAAUUAUCCAAGAAGACCUGAUCACCUACGCCAAGGAUGAAGGCAUCAUAGUCAUGGGCUACAGUCCUUUCGGUUCCCUCGUCAAGAGGUUUGGCAUGGAGUUCCCAGGGCCCAAGAUGGAUGACCCGGUUCUCACGUCUUUGGCCAAGAAAUACGAGAAGACUCCUGCCCAAAUUGUGUUGCGUUGGUUGGUCGACAGGAACGUAGUCCCGAUCCCAAAGACCGUUAGUUCAAAGAGACUGUUAGAAAACAUCAACAUUUUCGAUUUCAAGUUGAACGAAGACGAAAUCGAAAAGAUUAACAAAUUCAAUUCCAACACUCGAUACACCCUGCCUUCAUUCUGGCAGAAACACCCGUUUUAUCCGUUUGAAAUGGUCCCAAACCCCAUCCCUGAUCCUUUUAGGUCUUAAAUUAGUACCUAACUUGAGAUCUGCUACAUUUUUUGAUGUCGAAAAAUUUGUGAUCUCAAUUUAGCCAACUUUUGUUAAUGGUAGCCUUAGUACGAGUUUUUUUUACGUUUAAAGUAAUCAAAACGUUAGCGCGUUCGACGCUCUGAUUGGUUGGUUUAUUCGAGCCGGCCAAUCAGAACGCAGAACGCGCUCUCGUUUCGUUUUCGUUCAACGUAAAACAAACUCGUACUAAGGGUACUUGUGCAUGUCACAGAUUAAAUAUUGGCGCGUAAUUUUAAAAGUUAUCAUGAACAAUUUUCUACGUUUUUUAUUGAUUAAGGAGAUCAAAUUCAAGACUGUAUUUUAGAUAUAAGAUUUUUAAUACAUAUGGGUAAAAUUAAUAAAUAUUAAUUUGUAUCCUUUGCGAUAUUUAAAUUACAAUAAUAAUUAUUAUAUUAUUACUAUCACCAUUUAUAUGUCAUUAAAAAUAUAUUCAUAAGAUUUAUUUUUCAAUAAAAAAUUAUGAAAUUAA